AUGUCUGAAGGCAAGGAACACCUUUCCAUCGUCAUCUGCGGCCACGUCGACUCUGGUAAGUCGACCACCACUGGUCGCCUACUGUUCGAGCUCGGCGGUAUCCCGGAGCGUGAACUCGAAAAGCUCAAGGCUGAGGCCGAUGCGCUCGGCAAGUCCUCUUUCGCCUUCGCGUUCUACAUGGAUCGCCAAAAGGAAGAGCGUGAGCGUGGUGUGACCAUCUCCUGCACGACCAAGGAGUUCUUCACCGAGAAGUGGCACUACACCAUCAUCGAUGCCCCGGGUCACAGAGAUUUCAUUAAGAACAUGAUUUCCGGUGCCGCCCAGGCGGACGUCGCCCUCCUCAUGGUCCCGGCCGACGGUAACUUCACCGUCGCCAUCCAAAAGGGUAACCACAAGGCUGGUGAAGUGCAAGGCCAAACCCGCCAGCACGCCCGUCUUCUCAACUUGCUCGGCGUCAAGCAGCUCAUCAUCGGUAUCAACAAGAUGGACUGCGAUAUGGCUGGCUACAAGCAAGAGCGUUACGAAGAAAUUCGCAACGAAAUGAAGAACAUGUUGAUCAAGGUCGGCUGGAAGAAGGACUACGUCGAAAAGUCCGUCCCGGUCCUCCCGAUCUCCGGCUGGAACGGUGACAACUUGUUGAAGAAGUCCGAAAAGAUGGCCUGGUGGAACGGUGUCGACGUUGAAGGCUACGACGGCAAGGGCGCCAAGUUCCACAUUGACACCCUCCUCAACGUCCUCAACGACAUGGUCGACCGCCCGGACCGCAACACCGAAGCGCAAAUGCGCCUCCCGAUCUCCGGUGUCUACAAGAUCAAGGGUGUCGGUGAUGUCCUCGCCGGCCGCGUCGAGCAAGGCCUCGUCAAGCCGGGUGAAGAUGUCGUCUUCCUCCCGACCCACACCUCCUCCAACCCGUGCGGUGGUAAGGUGUUCACCGUCGAAAUGCACCACAAGCGUGUCGAAGCCGCCGCGCCGGGUGACAACGUCGGUAUGAACAUCAAGGGUCUCGACAAGCUCAACAUGCCGCGCACCGGUGACGUCAUGAUCUACAAGAAGGACACCUCCCUCGCCCCGUGCAAGAACUUCACCGCGCAAGUCCAAACUUUGGACAUCCCGGGUGAACUCAAGGUUGGCUACUCCCCGAUCGGUUUCGUCCGUUGCGGUCGCUCCGCGUGCAAGCUCACGGCGCUCAACUUCAAGGUUGGCAAGGAAACCGGAGGUAAGAAGCUCGAGUCCCCGAUGUCGCUGAAGUCCAACGAAGUCGCCGAGUGCGUCUUCGAACCGGUGCACCCGCUCGUCGUCGACUCCUUCAAGAAGUGCGAGGGUCUUUCCCGCAUCGCCUUCUUGGACGGUAACACCGCGGUCAUGCUCGGUAAGAUCACGAACGUCGAGUACAAGGCCAUCUAA